AUGUUGCGCAUCGGAGUUGACGUUGGCGGUACGAACACCGACGGCGUACUCAUCGAUCUGACACGCCUGCACGAGCCAAACCGCGGAGUUCUCGCGCACUUCAAGGCACCGACAACUCCAGACGUCUCACAGGGUAUCGAAGCUGCUGUUCGAGAAAUAUUGAAGAAUGCAGAUGUAGCUGCAACAUCAGUCUCCUCCCUUAGCAUUGGUACAACCGCAUUCAUCAACGCUGUGCUCGAGGCGGACGCACGCCGCCUCGCGAAAGUUGCAGUCAUCCGCCUUUGUGGACCAUACACGAAGCAAUGUCCUCCCUUCGUUGACUUCCCUGCCCGCUUGCGGGCUCUUACAGAAGGAUACGUGGGGUACGUCGACGGUGGUCUUCAAAUUGAUGGUCGUGAAAUUCUUCCCUUGAACGAAGACCAGAUCACAGAGCAGUGCAACAUUAUCAAGAGGAAGGGUCUGAGGAAUGUCGUCAUUUGCGGCGUGUUUUCUCCGCUCGAUAAUGACGGAAAACAAGAGCAAGCUGCUGCCAAGAUCAUCCGACAAGUCUUAGGUGACGGGGUCAACGUCGUCUGCUCGCGAAAUGUUGGACAAGUCGGGUUCCUAGAGCGCGAGAAUGCGUCCAUCCUGAACGCUUCCAUCCUGACGUUCGCCCAGAGAACUAUCCGCGGCUUCCAGGCUGCCAUGAAGGUUCUCAACCUCACGUGCCCUCUAUUCCUUACGCAGAACGACGGCACCCUCACCACCGCAGCAUCUGCUGCGCGACUGCCGAUCCGUACGUUUGCGUCGGGACCAACGAACUCGAUGCGAGGUGCCGCGUUCCUGGCUGGCCUCGAUGAGAAACAGAUAUCACAACAACGCAAGUCGAUCAUUGUUGCCGACGUCGGUGGUACGACUACCGAUGUGGGCGUGCUUCUUCAGUCUGGGCUCCCGCGACAGGCAGCGUCGUUCAUUGAAGUAGGAGGCGUACGCACGAACUUCUCCAUGGCAGAUGUGCAGUCGAUUGGGCUGGGAGGUGGGUCUCGUGUGAAGGUGUUUGAGACGCCUCAGGGCCGCACCGUGGUAGUUGGUCCCGAUUCUGUCGGACAUUACAUCACAAGAGACGCAAAGGUAUUUGGAGGAGACAUACUGACGACGACUGACAUUGUUGUCGCGAACGGUCGUGCGGACCUAGGAGAAAGGAGCAACGUCGCUCGCAUCGAGCCCGAAGUCAUCGAGAAGGCCAGCAAAGUGAUGAAGAAGCAAAUAGAAGGGAUCAUCGACAAGAUGAAAACCUCCCCCGAGGACAUCACUGUCCUGUUAGUUGGCGGCGGCAGUAUUAUCGCACCAGAACAACUGGCCGGCGUCGGAGAGAUCAUACGGCCGCCUUUCUUCGGAGUUGCGAACGCUGUCGGUGCAGCAAUGGCCAAAGUUGCUGGAGAAGUUGACACCAUCGAGAUUUUGCAAGGUCGCGAUGUACACGAAGUCAUCGAAGGUAUCAAGGCCCAGGCUAUCGAGAAGGCCAUCAAAGGCGGCGCAGAUCCAGCGACUGUCAGGGUCGUCGAAGUCACCAAUCUUCCUGUGCAAUACGUUACGAACGAGGCAACACGGAUUAUUGUCAAAGCUGCAGGUGACUUGGCACCGGAAGUAGUGGCCUCCGUGUCCUCAAUCGAUGAUGCACUGGACGCUGAGGAUAUCGCCAACUCCAUUGAAGACGAUAAGACGGUUCUGACCGACACUGUGGAGGACGUUGCUGUAGACAUCGAGACCUACACGCCGAACAUCCGACCAGAUCGCUCUUGGAGUAUAUCCGAGCUUGACCUCAAGUGGAUUGCAGAUGGUUGCGGUAUUCUAGGCACAGGUGGGGGCGGAACGACAUAUCCGCCCUACCUGAUGGCCCGCCAAUUGCUGCGUGAUGGGAAAGAAAUCAUUGUCGUCGACCCGGAUGAUAUCGCAGAAGACGCUUUGUUCUUGCGUUGCAUGUUUAUGGGAUCCCCCAGCGUUUCGAUCGAACGCGUGCAAGGAGGAAACGAGAUACCCACGUCGAUUCGUAGGCUGAUGACGUACAUGAACCUCGACGAUUUCACAGGCGUCAUCUCUGAUGAAAUCGGAGGAGGGAACGGUAUACAACCCAUGCUUGUCGCGGCUGAGAUGGGCAAGAAAGUUCUGGACGCUGAUCUUAUGGGUCGCGCGUAUCCGAACAUGUACCAAUCCCUUCCUGGUGCUUUCAACAUCCCUGGCGGCCUGUGGCCUUGCGCGAUAUCCGACGGCGUGGGGAACACGGUGGUCAUGCCAUCAGCAAGCACGCCCAAAAUGGUUGAGACCGUUUUACGUAGCGCGACAACGGAAAUGGGUUCCAGAAGCGGAGUCAGCAUGUCUCCUCUCAGCCGCAAGAAUUGCCAGAAAUAUGGGGUCAUACGUAGCGUAUCUCAAGCAUGGCGCAUCGGUCGUGCAGUCGCGCUUUGCCAGAAGAGAAACAAUUUGAAGGGUAUACCUGCUGCAAUUCUAGGAUUGCAGAACGGCGCUUGUCUGUUCGUCGGUAAAAUCGUUGACGUCCAACGAGAGGUGCGCAAGGGCUUCACCUGGGGUCAAGUCACUAUCGUACCUCUUUUGGAGGAUGAGGAAGAAGAUGCAGGCUCAGUGAACGCGACGGCGCCAGCAUAUCUCCCGGACGACCGCCUCGUCAUACCAUUCCAGAACGAGAAUUUGUAUGCGUACCUGGCGGCUCCAGAUGGGCUCCAGAAGAUGUUGGCUACCGUGCCAGACCUCAUCACUGUCAUAGACUCGCAGAACGGAACGGCGCUCGGGACCCCGGAUUAUCGAUAUGGAUUGAGAGUCACCGUCAUCGCCAUGGCGGCCGACCCCAAAUGGUCGAGUACUCCAGAGGGAUUGGCAUGCGGAGGUCCGACUGCUUUCGGCUUGCAUGACGUCGCCUUCAAACACAUAGCUCAGUACAGAGAGCCCGUGAGUGUCAUAUCGGAGUACGCCCCAGCGUGA